UGUACUUGAACCUCCAACCUUUCAGGUAGUUGCCAAGUACAUUAACUGUCUGCACUACCAAGGGAUGCCUAUCCAAUCCCUAAUAAGUGAGAAUUCAGGAAGUGUCUGGAAGAGGAAACGCAUUCGUCUUCUACAGCUCUCCCAUCCCUGUUCAGCUUUGUAUGGAGCCUGCACAGGAGGCAGGUGGAAAGGCUUCGCCCACCUGAUAGAGUCCGCCAUCUUGCACAGUCCUCCAGGCCUGUGGUCCAGGGAAAACCCCAGCCCAUCCCCCAAAGACCAGGAGAGAAGAAAAAAAGACUCACAGACACCAGAAUGGCAAGGAUAACCCAGCCCCCAUCCAGGGCCCAUGUCCUUCUACUAGGGUGUUGAUGGUUACCUUCGGCUUAAGGGCUCUGCUUUUCCGGCCCUACCAAAGCCAUCUCCAGCCUGAAUAUGGCCCCAGCGGCAGCCCCAGCUCCAGCGAGGGCAGUAGAUCAGCAAGGCUGACACAGCAAUAGUGCAGGCUGGGCAAGAUCUGUAGGUGGCUCCUUUGGAACACUCCUGCUUCCCUCACAACUAUGCCUAAAUUCCAGUCAUAUCAGAUCCAUUGGGCUGUAGUUCAAUCUCCUCACAGCACCCCCUGUGGAGCCAGAAACCACUGUUUAAAGCCAGAGGGCACAGCUCUGACCACCAAAUGGUGAUAUGGUCGGGCUGAAAAGGGAUUUUCCGAAUUGUUCACUUUGCUUUAAAGAUGCAAAUAUCUGGAGCCAACAGCAACAAGAACAUAAAGUACAGUUGUGCCUCUGUAUCCGCGGGUUCCACAUCCAGACUCAACCAACCACUGAUCAAAAAUAUUUUUUUUAAAAGGAGUGUUCCAAAAAGCAAAGUUUGAAUUUGCUGCACACUGAGCACUACACUGAAUCCACAUGAAUGAAGUGGUGUGUAGGCAUCCCCUGCUGUAGCCUCCUGCCGUGUCACAGAUCCUCAGCCUCUCCAGCACUUGUUCUUUGAGCAUUAUUCACCUCUUGCAUCUUGUCAUUAUUCCCUAAACAAUACAGUACUGUAUAACAACUAUUUACAUAGCAUUCACAUCGUAUUAAGUGUUAUAACUGAUCUAGAGAUGAUUUGGAGCCCUGGUGGCACAGUGGUUAAGAACCCGACUGCUAACCAAAACAUCAACAGUUUGAAUCCACUAGCCGCUCGCUUGUUGAAAAUCCUUUGUGGAAGUUCUAUUCUGACCUAUAGGGUUGCAAUGAGUCGGAGCCAUCUUGAUGGCAAUGGGUUUAGGGUGUUUGUUUGUUUGUUUAGAGAUGAUUUAAAGUAUACGGGAGGAUGUGAGUAGGUUAUAUGCAAAUACUGUGGCCAUUUUAUGUAAGGGACUUGAGCCUCCUCAGAUUUUUGGUGUCCGCAGGCAGUCCUGGAACCAAUCCCCCACAGAUACCCAAAGGACAACUAUAAAUCCAACUAUCUGAACUCUGUUAAUAGUGGAGACAAACCCUAUAUGGUUUGCACUCAACUACUAACCUAAAUGUUGGUGGUUUGAACCAACUGAACUGUGCCAUGGAAGAGCAUCCUGGCAAUCUGCUUCCAUAAAGACUACAGCCAAGAAAAUCCUGUGGAGCAGUUCUACCCUAUAACACGUGGGGCCGCCGUGAGUUGUAAUCAACUCCAAUGGGUUUGAUUUUUUUUUGUUUUGGGGGCAUGGGUGGGUUACCUUGAUUCUAAAUAUUAAAUGGAUUGGAUUUAGUAAGCCAGCCUCCAAACUGAAAGAAUGAAAAUUGCACAUGCCCGACAGGCCUUGAGGCAGGAGGAGACCCUGGUUCACACACACAUAUACAUCGGUAAAAGAAGAGCGAAUGUUCUGGAAUUAUCGUCUACACUUCCCUGCAGAUGGGAACAGGAUGAGCCCUGUAUCUGUCACAGACCCAAACCUCUGCAUCCCUCCCUACAGAGGAAGGUGACAUUUUCUUUUCCACUCCUGACAUUUAAAAGUACAGAAAAAUCUUGCUUUUCUUGUCACAACUGUGCAGCGAUGUCAUUUUCUUCAACAGAAGGGAUGCGGCAGAUUCCUCUGAACGAACAUUUUCUUGCUGGGUUGGCAAGUGCAGACCUUAAGCCAGAGGAAAUUUUGGAGUCUGUGCACAUCCCUCACUCUCACAAGUGGGAAUUUGUGUCCGCCUUCCGACAGGCUGAGUGCUGGCAAAAUGCCUUGCCGGAUGUGAACGCUGGCAUGAAAGUCCUCUUUGAAGAAGGCACAGACACCAUUGCGGACCUGAACCUCGCCUAUGGAGGGGUAGGGGCUGCCACAGUCAGCGCACACCAGUCCUGCCAGCAGCUCCGAGGGAGGUGAGCUCUGCCGGAGGUUGGAACCUGACGUUUAAAAUAACGAUUGGGAAUCUGACCCCGCCCGGUGUUGGCAAAGCACUGGGAAGAUGGAAACUUCUCUAUGUAAAAUCACCAUUCGUUUUUUGUGUAAUUUUGCUAAAUGAAUCAAACCUCAUUGGACUUUGAUUAAUUGCUGGCUACUCUGGAUGAGGGAUGCAACAAAACAGCGCAGGACUGAGUGGAGGCAGCAGGUUAUUUUUUCCCAUUUGGCCUAGUUCUCUUAUGUUUAUCAACAGUCCAGCAAACCCACACUGGGCAGCAUCCCACUGCUCAGGUUCACUAUUUCUUUCCGAAUCCUGUCCAGGUCAUGAUGGAAUUGGCCCUAAUCGCCUAUUGAUUUAAUCUCUGGUUCUAGCAUGUUCUUGGUUACGCAGCAUGUUGCAGUGGAACAGGUCCCAUAUUCACCCUGCCAUGACCUAUGGGCCACUUGGUACAGCCUCUCCAGGCCUCAGUUUUCCUGACAGGCUUGGUUAGGUGAUUUCAAAUUCUCUUCGACACAAAAAAGGGGUUCUGGGGUCUCUAAAAUGACACCAUCCAAUAUCUAGCACAUGGAGUACCUGGGUGGUGCAAAUGGUUAGAGUGCUUGGCUGUUAACAGAAAGGUUAGAUGUUCAAGUCCACCCACAGGCACCACGAAAGAAAGGCCUGGUGAUCUAGUUCCAAAAAGCAGUUAUUAAAAAAACCCUAUGGAGCAUUUGGGAAUGGUUAAUGGUGAUGGUUGAACAACAUGAUGAAUGUAAUUAAUGUGUACCUGUGAAGAUUGUAGAAAUGGCAAAUGUUCUGUUACC